UUUAAAUGAGUUUGCAGAGAUAACAAGGUUAAAUUGUGAUGCAUUUGACCCUUUAGAGAACUUUGAUGUUGAUCACCAUGAUUUCUGGAAAGAAAUGAAAAUACCAACAACCCUUGAUGGUCCUAUGUGGAGUGAGUUGGUAAAGGUUAUUGAUUCUAGCAAAACAUGGCAUCUUGAUAAGAGGAUGAUGGUUGGUAGGUUAUGUUUGUUGUCAGUAUGCGUACAUGGAAUUCAUCAUACAUCUAGAAUCCCGUUGGCAACCGCUAAGAGAGUUUUAGAUCCAGUUGCUUUUGAAAAACAUCCAUGGGGUCGGUUUGCUUUUAGUAGUCUAGUGAAUUCUGUGAAGAUGGUUGACUAUGACAGAGAUUCAUACACCAUACACGGGUGUGUUCAUGCUUUGUUAAUUUGGUUGUAUGAGAGUGUUACUGGAAUAGGAGAAAGUUAUGGGGUUAGAAGGAUAGAAACCACUGGUGUUCCACUUCUUGAUUGGCGAUCAUCUCGAAAACGUAUCAACUUCACAAACUUCAUCCAAAACGAGAAGAAGUUGCAUGGACAGGUUCGUGUUAGGCAUAUGUUUCAUGUUUCAGAGGAAAACAUGUAUCCUCUAUGGUCUGACGCAGAUGAGCAUACAUAUCUACACCUAGACGAGCUACUUAAAGAUCUCAUUCAUAACCGUUUGUCUCUAGAUGCUUGGAGUUGUGUCAAAACAGUUGGUAUAAGUUCAAAAAAGAAGAAAAGAAGUGUUGAAGCUGAUAAGGUGAAUGACAAC